GAUCAGCUAUAUGUAUGUCCAUCUUGCACAGCUCGAUCUGUGGUUGUCCAGAGCAGAAGUGGAUGAUGCCAUGCCUCCAGCCUUCAAGGAGCGGUACUCAUCCACCCGUGUCAUCCUUGAUGCUACAGAGGUCCAGUGUGAGGCUUCAAGCUCGGUCGUGCUCCAGUCGUCGACAUUCUCAAGCUACAAGUCAACAAAUACCUUUAAAGGGCUCAUUGGGAUUUCUCCAGACGGAACGGUAACCUUCGUCUCCCAACUAUUUACGGGGUCUAUCUCCGACAAGGAAUGCGUGGAGAAAAGUGGCUUUCUCAAGCUUGCUUUCGACGAUGGAGAUUCCAUCAUGGCAGACAAGGGUUUCAAGAUUGAAGACGACCUAAAGAAAAUCAAUGUGAGGCUGAACAUCCCUCCUUUCCUUCGGAAAGGACACUUCACGAGUGAGGAAGUAAAGGAGACCGAAGCGAUAUCUUCACUACGCAUCCACGUAGAGCGCCGUAUUCAACGGAUCAAGAACUUUCACAUCUGUGACAGGCCAAUUUCUAUUUCAAUCGCUCCAGUAGCCAGCGAGAUGUGGACAGUUUGCGCCAUUCUCAGCAAUUUCCAGAGUCCCCUCAUCAAAAGCUGCAGCAACGAGUCUAUUUAGGGUAAAAAAAAAAUAAUGAAUUCGAGACAGAGUAGGUGAAGCAGUUUAAUAAAUGUUUCGCUCCUCAUGCGGAAGGAAUAACCAGUAAUAGAAGGAGCAGGAAGCUCAUUAUCUUCUGCAUUACAGUGAUGUCUUGUUAUGCAAGUGAUUAUUUGGUCACUCAGAGAUGACUACUGUUAGAAAUAAACGAAAUUCUUAUAAAACAUGUAUAAAUCAUUUCAUCAGGGCACAAGGUAGACUCAUUACAUGUUAUCACUUUAUUUACGGAAGCCAUUCUUUAAUGGUUGGAGACUGCAUAUUUUUAGGAUAUGAAAGAGAUCCGCAUGCCUACAUUUCCACAAGCAAGUUAAUAAUCUGUUGCAAUAUUUAAAAAAAUAGUUCUGUAACCUAAUUCCUACCUAAAUUAAAACACUGAAUGAAAAGCAUGUGUCACAAGACUACUGACAAUAUACAGAAAAAGUCAGACAAGAAAUGCCUCUUGUGCUACCAUGCGCAACAGUUGCUCAGCAAGCUCCCAUAAACAAGUAGGUGCUGCAGGCGUCAUAUAAUGAUAUCAUACAAUAUUAUUAGGAGAUCAUGGUAUACAGCAGGGAAAAGAUUGGAACACUAACGUGUUCUAUACCACCAUCUCGUAAGUUGAGUGCAUUGCUAUCAAAUGCAUGGGCACAAAGAGUGGUUCUAUACAGUACUUGCCAUUAGAAAGCGAUGUUCUUUGCAAGUUUGUGCAAAUAAAGUGCUGAAGAGAGAUGUUCUUGUACGUGUCUAUUUGAGUGUAGUGCGCACAGCUUCUGAGAUGGGAGUAUAAAGGAUAUUCUAAAAUAAUGAAAAAAUGUAAGUGUCUACAUAUCAGUGUCGCAUAGUAAAACCACAAAGAAUGCCAGUAGAAUGAUACUGUUCACCGUGUGCCUUCAAAAACCAAUGGCGUGCAAAAUGUAGUUGUGAGAUUUGUACGGCGUAGCGUUCGGGACCAAGUCUUGCAAAAGGCAAAGAAACAUAGGCUCACGAGUGCUGACCUUGGUUUUCAUGGUACUGAGCCUAUCUUUGUGAAUGAGCAUUUGUGUCUCGAAAAUAAGAUCUUACUGAGCAAAACGAUUCGUUGCAAAAAAGAAAAAGGA